UCUGUUUACCUUGAGAAUAUGUGUCACUGCUGGGUUGCUUUAGCGGCCUUUAUUAGCUUCAUACGGCUCUCGACAACAUUGUUGCUCGCUAACUUAGGCAAUUUGUGCGGAAAAUGUCGCAAAACUUUUUUAAACUAAUUCUGGUCGACCCGUCGUGGGAUGUUCGAACCGAAGCUAAAAAAUUUGGCUUGCUAGACCAAUUGUUCAUAGAUCGAAAUAGUCCUACGGAUGUAUACAUUAAGUACAAAUACACCAAGAAUGCCCUACAGUGCAAGGCUAGUAUGCACGGCAAUCCCAACGUGCUACAGGUAGUAUCGCUGGACGAAUGGAACAUAAAACCUUCUGUGAAAGCCCAAGCGAAAAGUGCCAAAUCGCUACAAAAUUCUUCACUCGAUUUACGUCCAACACCUAAGCCAACGAAACCUGAAGAAUUUACUUCAUCACCGAAGUUAUUACCUUUAAUGUGGAACUCUUGCACCAGUUGUCGAAGGGAGGGCGCACUGUUUCAGUGUUUUGUCUGUGGGGCACUGUACUGCGGUGAAAUGUGCCAGCAAAACGAUUGGCAAGUACAUAGGAACAUGUGUAUGCCGAGAUUGGUUCGAGUAACGUGUGUUUACAGUCCACCGAAUGCAAACAAUCAGCUGCGAAAGCCGCCUCCAGCAGCCGUUCCUGACGUUAAUCAGUCAGCAAUAAAUAGCUGGGGUAAAGACCCGCUCAUCCAGCCGAAGAAUGAACAGACUUACCGAGGUCAUGCCAGUGGGCAGAUACUCGAGCAGAAAAAGAGCGAGAGACAAGCUCCCGAAAAACAGAAGCAGAACAACACCAUAAGCAACGUACCGACGAAUGUUCUCAAGAACCUCGCCAUGAAGCGUAGACAAGAUGAAGGUGAUGAGACGGUCGCCCUUACUAACGGAAAUGAUGAGCCUCCCGUUCACCCGGUCAAUGGCGUACCAGGGCAGAACCCGUCUGCUCUCGUCAUCAAACCGACAGAAACUGGAAUGCACAAGGACGUAUCGAGUUUGCUAAAGCGUAUGCAAUUAAAGGCUGCACCCACGAGCAAACGUAAGACCAUCCAGUAUGCGCCAUUUCCCGAAGAGGGCGAUCACGUGAAAAUAACGUACAUCUCGGAUGCGAUGCUGUACAUUUAUAAAACGAGCUCACACGGAGCCCUAAACGGCUACCUGAACGUGGUCAAACGUUCCAUCGAGUCCGCCCGGAGUGUGAAGGAAUUUCUGCUGGUUGCCCCGAAGCAAGACGACAUCUUUUUUGCACCUUUUGAUGAGGAUUACUAUCGCGCAGUAGUGAAGUCGGUGGAUGGCGCGAACGUGACCGUGUUCUAUCCCGAUUUCGGCAACACUCACACGCUGGAGUGGAAGCUAUUGAAAGAGAUUCCCGAUCCGGAGAUCAAAUACGCCACCUGCUACACGCAUGUCGCAUCGAUCGACGGUGUGUCGGCAUUUUCGCCACCAGUGUUCAGCUUUUUGAAUGGCGUUGUCGACGUAGUCGAAUUUGAACUGACAAAGGUGGGGAAGGGACAGCCCGAGAACGCUACGAAAGUGAUUGACAUGCGUCAUGCACAGGAGCUGUACCUACUGAGUGAGAAGAUAAAAGAGUUAGCUAGUAAAGAAGAGGUCCCGCAGGCAGCCGCGAAGUACGAGAUUCCAGAUCCCGCCUCGUACGUGCCGGUAUCGGCAGAGGAUAUUGAAGAAAAUGAUUUACCUACCGGAAAGGACAUCGAGCUAAUCAUAGUGGAAGCGUCGGAUUUGCAAGAAAACAAUAUGCUGUGCGUCGUGCAGAAAGCGGACUCCGUGCGGUAUGCAAAGUUGAUGAACGACUGCGAUCGAUAUGGCAACAGCGACCCGAACCCGUACAUACCGGAGCAAUCCGACCAUGCCUGUCUGGUCAAAUUCGAAGAGCUUUGGUGCCGGGCCAUGCCAAUCAUGCUGACGGACGAUGGUGUGCAGCAGUGCUAUCUACUCGACAUCGGUAUUGCCCGCGAGCUGGAAGGAAACCCCGAAUGCCGCCGUUACCCGCCAGGGUUGGAGCGGAAAAUUUACGUGAACGAAUGCUUCGUCGACAAUCCGGAAGUCCUUGGAGUGAGUGCGAAAAGCGCUAAAACGCUUCUAGGCAAGACGAUUAAGGCGAAGGUCAAUGCAGAUCAGGAAGAACUGACGCACAUAACCAUUCUAUCCAUUAGCGAAUAAUUUUUUGUUUAUUCUAAUAUGUUAGUGUAGUCCAAUCUAUCUCAUAUGCUGCAUUCUAAUACUGCAAGUAUUACUAUGCUACGAAUUUGAAUUCGUUGUUGCCUUCAUCAACAUUUGAUUAUAUUCGGUAGAAGCUUAAAUGGAAUAAAUAUAUAGGAAGGAAUGAGUCUAUAUGAAACGAUCGGAGCGCAACGAGCUGCACCAUUUCGAACAGAACAAAUAAUAGUAAUAUCUGGAUCUGGCCGUGCCGUAAAUAACCGUUUUGUUUUACUACGAGGCACGUUGGGUAUUGAUGCUGGAUGUUUUAUUGACACAGCCGUUUUUUUGGCCCAUCAAUAAAGACGCCGCAGUCGCUAAAGUUCGUUGGAAUAUCAUUCAAUAAAGAGUCGCUAGUUGAUGAA